CGGGGUGCCACUCGGGCGGCGCUGUGGCAGGGCCGGACUGGAGCGCUCUGAGGCUCACUGUCGCCUUAAAAGUUUGAGGCUCCGGCUUCAGAGGGAUGUCAGUCCCAGAGUUGGCUGCGGCGUGUGCAGAAAUCCGCAGCCGCGAGCGGCUGGGACGGGGCACGUGGGUGGGAUCCGACGGAGUGCGAACUCGGGUGAGGCGGCGGAGUGGGGCGUGGAGUUUUUGCGGAGAGAAGAAUGGGGCGUUCCGGUGGCACCUGCACCCGGGAGUUGUCACCUUGUUUACCGGUCUGCUAUACCACACUCGCUGGGAAGAUGCCGGAGCGUUAAGGAGUUUGAGAAGCUGAACCGAAUUGGCGAGGGCACCUACGGCAUUGUGUAUCGGGCCCGGGACACCCAUACAGAUGAAAUUGUUGCCCUGAAGAAGGUGCGGAUGGACAAAGAAAAGGAUGGCAUUCCCAUCAGCAGCCUGCGUGAGAUCACGUUGCUCUUGCGUCUCCGUCAUCCAAAUAUUGUGGAGCUGAAGGAGGUGGUUGUGGGCAACCACCUGGAGAGCAUCUUCCUGGUGAUGGGUUACUGUGAGCAAGAUCUGGCCAGUCUGUUGGAAAAUAUGCCGACACCAUUCUCCGAGGCCCAGGUUAAAUGCAUCGUGCUCCAGGUGCUCCGUGGCCUUCAGUACCUGCACAGGAACUUCAUCAUCCACAGGGACUUGAAGGUGUCCAACUUGCUCAUGACAGAUAAGGGCUGUGUAAAGACAGCGGAUUUUGGCCUGGCCCGGGCCUAUGGUGUUCCAGUAAAGCCGAUGACUCCCAAGGUUGUUACCCUCUGGUACCGAGCCCCAGAGCUGCUGCUUGGAACGACUACCCAGACCACCAGCAUUGACAUGUGGGCUGUUGGUUGCAUCCUGGCAGAGCUGCUGGCCCACAAGCCCCUUCUCCCUGGCACCUCUGAGAUCCACCAGAUCGACUUGAUUGUACAGCUGCUGGGGACACCGAGUGAGAAUAUCUGGCCGGGUUUCUCCAAGCUGCCGCUGGCUGGCCAAUACAGCUUGAGGAAACAGCCCUACAAUAAUCUCAAGCACAAGUUCCCGUGGCUCUCAGAGGCCGGACUUCGUCUGCUCAAUUUCCUCUUCAUGUACGACCCUAAGAAAAGGGCAACCGCAGGGGACUGUCUGGAGAGCUCCUACUUCAAAGAGAAGCCCUUACCCUGCGAGCCGGAACUCAUGCCCACCUUCCCCCACCACCGCAAUAAGCGCGCUGCCCCAGCUGCCACUGAGGGGCAGAGCAAACGAUGCAAGCCCUGACGGUGGGUCCGGCCAUCCCUACACAUCCUCAUGGAUCAUCAGGCAGCAGACUGGGAGGGCCCUCCAGGCCAAGAUGCCUUUGUCCCCUCUCGCUAACAUCCUCUCUUCAGCUGACUCCUCCCUGCUAUCCUCUCUGCCCAGAUACAAGUAGAUUAUGAACUGGGAUGUUGCUCAGUGGGGAUACCCAGCAUAGACUGGGCUGCUGUAGCACCAUCUGGUGUCCUGUUAGCUCCUGGCAGCCUUGUCUGUCAGUGAGGACAUGCUUCUGGGGAGGCAGUGCUAGAUAGAGCUGAGAGGUCCAAAGGCCCAAAUCAGUAUAGUGCUGAACUGGAGCGAGGCAUUAGCCUGGAAUGAGCAGGCCCAGGAGACCAUACUGUUCCUGCUUGGUCUCUAGGAGCUUCCCAGGACAGGCUAUAGUGACCCUGGGCAGGGAUGGUGCGGCUUCAGGUGGGAAGGAGGCAGUAAGCAUUGAUUGGGGCCACGAUAGAACUCUUUUUAGACUGUCAGGAGAGCCGUUGGUGGAUGUGCCCACAGAGAGAACUGGCGGGCUCCUUUUCCAGGGGUGGAGAGAUAAAAAGCUUUUCCAAUAGACAGUUUCACAAUCCUUUAAUGUACUCUGGGGUUUUGAUCCAUGCAGCAUGGACAGUGUCCUCUGAGGGGCUGGGAGUGAGGAGUAGGAACAGCCAUGGCCGAGGGGUGCCAGUAGAGGAGGUGUUCAG